UCUGCUCUGUGCACUUGUCAACUUAGUGACUGCGCGUUUCCCAUUUACACGAUCUCGCCUAGCUCCCAAGUAAAUUUGCCUGGACAAGCAGCCAAAUGUCUGAGCUGCAGCCACUGAGCCAGCCCCAACAAACAGCAGAGCCCUUGUUAAAUGUCCAGGAGAUGCAGUUCUGGCUGGACAAAGCAGUGGCUUGGGGCCAGGCCGACAGUCCAGACACUCAGAAAGACACCUGCCUGCACUUGAACAGACUGAGGGAUUUCCUCCAGCAACUUCUCACACACAUCAACAACGUGAGCUCCACGGCAGAAACCAUGAAGAAGCUGCCUCUCUUAGGCCAGUUUUUGGGUCGGCUGUGCUGGAACCCUUAUGUCACUGUGGGUGAUACGAGCAGGAGGCUGCUGCUCCAGUGCCUCUGGGGACUGUACUCGGAGCAUCCAAGCAAUGCUGUGGAAAGAAAAGCCAACCAGUGGAUACGGAAAGUGUUGUGUCAGCUCGCCACAGAGGAAGACGAUGAUGUAGCACAGGCGCUAACGAAGCGCAUGGGUGUACCAGCUCAAGAGUACCACCUCAAAGUCCUGGCAAAGAUGGUGGCGCUGCAGCAGGAAACCAUCAGAAAGAGCUGCUGUUCUCUGAGCGGCAUUAAUCAGAGGUGUUCGUGUGACAGUAUUCUGGCUACAUCAGAGGCUUGCGUUCACCUCAUCGCUUGUCCCGAGGCUUCUCCUCUCGUCGGUGCGUUACUACAGCGGCCAGUGACUUGUGUCAAAGAAGCUCUCAGCGAAAACUUCCUGGACGCCCUGGGUUCUUCCUGCUCAAGCCAGGGCUUGUCAUUAGAUGAGCAGGCCUCAGUCUCUUUGUGGUAUCGCUGCCUCCCCAGCCUGGAAGAGGCAGUUCUCAGUCUGCUGGAGUCUGUUACUAACACAGCGUCAACACCACAGAAGCUCCAGCUGCAAGUAGCACAGUCACUGCUGCCUAAAGCUUGUGCUCAACACAGCUCCAUGUUCCUGGUUGUGAAUGACAUCUUCAGGUCCAUCCUUAAGCAAGCUGAAGGAAAUGAGUCUAUUAAGUCACUUAUCCAAACCUUUACCAGGUGUUUCCUGCGGGAGCUGGCACUGCUGCAGCCCCAGACGAGCGUUCCUUUGAAGGCCUUCUUCCCACAGUCACCUCCGAGUCUGCUGGUCCCCCUCUCGACUGUGCCGUCAGAGAUGCCGCAGGAGUCUUGGAGAAACCACCUGAACUGGCUCAGCGGCUCAUUACAGAGACUGACAGAGGAGGAAGAGGAGGGAGACGGCAGAAGCACCAGGAGGCACUGCGCGGUGUUUGAGGCCUGGUUCCUGCUGGUUCGGUGCGCCCACUGGGUGCAGGUGGCCGUCCAGCUGCUGGUCACAUCGCAGCCUGAGGACUGUGGUCCCCUUCUGUGGCUGCUGACCUUCUACCAUCACCCCACCAACAGGUGGCACCACAGAGCUGUACAGCUGGUACGGGCCAGAGAAGCCUGGGAACACUUACACUCGCUGUCCUCAGCUCGUCCUCGUCCCCGUGAGCGCCUGCAGGCGUUGGUCACCCUGCUGUCAUCACAACCUCAGCCGCCAUCGCUGGCUCCGUCACUGACCCUCAGCCUCUUAGUUCAUUUUGCUGUUUUCUGCCAGCUACCACUGAGUGCCUCAGCAGAGGAUUUACAGACGGUGGUGCAUCAUUCUGGUCUGCUUGAUGAAGCAGCAUGUGUUCUCAGCUCACUGGAGCUCAGACUAAGUGAAGGAAGCUGCUUAUCAAACGACAGAGUUCAUCUCAGGAUCAAGGAGCUUCAAAACACAAUAACACAUAUGCAUUAGGCAUGAAGCCAUGCUGUGAAGCGAGCAGAGCGCGCACACACACACACGCUCGCUCACUCACUCACUCUGAAACAGGUGAGAGCUCAACACACACACACACACACACACACACACACACACAGAGUAACGCAGCAGUGGGUUCAUCUUCGCAUUGGGGUUUUUCCAAAGCACGUUUGCAGAAUGACAAAUUGCCACGCUCUUGUGUAGAUAUGCUGCUGUACAAUGACAGGAGUGUGUCAAAACAACACAGCGAGGACAGAUUAUGUGGCGAGGCUACAAUUAUACGUACACACACACACACACACACAAACACAUAACACAACUGCAAGGCCCACAAGGACACUUGAGCAGUGACAGAUCACACAGCAAAGAAGCAGCAGCUCGUACAACGUGUCAGAGUCCUCCCACUCAUGUAAUUGCCUCACAAUAUAAAUCCUUCACGCUACACAUGCUGACGUAGGUUCGAAGGAAAGGAAAACCAAAUGCCGGUCGUCUUUGAAAAUUACUGUUUGUGCUACAAUAUCCUGGUAUGAAAAGCAUACAGCACUGGGACGGUGCUGAGUAAAUGAUAAAAUGCUCAUAAGUGCUGUCACUUUAUUCUGUGUGUAGAGCUUCUUGUGUUUCAUUGUUUGUAAAGAUGGAGAAUGACUGUCCUUUUGUAUUUGGUUUAUAAUUGUAAGAACACAUCAUUUAUGGAACUGGUUGACUCCCACUGGACCUGGUCAACAAAUGCAUGUAUGUAUGUUUACAUUUUUGUGAAUUAAAAACUAUUUUUGACAUCA